AUCUCCAUAUGACCUGUCAGUGUGGUCACAAGGAAGUGUUUGAAAGGAAUAUGUUAUCCAGGCUGCUUGACUCCUCCCUCAUGAAAACAUCCCUUGGCCUCGUUGCAGGUGCUUUUGUUAUGUAUGCUUGGAGCUUAAAUUGUAUUGGAAAGGGAAAUCAAGUGGGGGAAGUAAACUAAAAUAAAAUGAUGGAGCUUUCCAGUGGCAACAUCAGUGUUUCCUGGAUAACAAAGGCAGAGGGAGGCAGAUGGGAUGCUGCUGGCUGCCCUUUCCUCGGGGUGGGGUGACACAUCUCCCUUAGCAGCAGCACUGCUCAUCAGAGCGGGACAGGGCAGCAAACACAGCCACAACCUUUCCUUUGGCUCUUCCUGCAAUCCCUGUGGAGGGCAGGGAGCCCAGAGCAGCUUCCCAAUGCAGGCAUGGAGCUGAACAAACUGCUCCUGUGCCUGCCUGGGCCUUAGGACAUCCCUGAGCCUCUCCUUCCAUGCGAGGAGCUGCAUGUCUAACUGGGAGAGUGACAGUGGAAACGCUGCCUUGUUCUGUGCAUGGGUGUUAGAGAAGCAGCUCAAUCAGCAGCUCCAAAGUGGAGCUGGUUUACAGCCCUCUGGUCCCCUGCGCAUCCCUCGGACCGGAGGAAAGCUCCCUUCUCCUCUCUCCUUGCAGAAAAACCUCUCUUCCAGGAAGCCUCUUCCUAGGGACAGGCAGGUGAUGCUUGGAACUGGUUUGGGAGCCGGUGAUCCGCAGAGGCUCAGUGCCCCGUCCCAGAUAUCACCCAUGGACAGCUGGGACCUGCAUGGAACUUCACCUCGGGCAGCACAGCCACGCUCACGUGCGACCCCGGCUACGUGCCCCUGGGAGCCACCAGCACGGUGCGGUGCCUGGCCAGCGGCAGAUGGUACCCACGGGUGCCCAGCUGCAUCCCAGCUGCUCCGGGAGGGGCCCCGCUCCCCGCCCUGCUGGGGCCGCUCCCGGCUGCGCACCCGCUGCUCCGCUCCGCUUGGGUCCUGGUCCCGGCGCGCCGCGGCGGUGAUGGGCUCCGGCCGCCGCCCGCUCCUGCCCGCGCUGCUGCUGCCGCUGCUGCUGCCCGCGGCUUGGGGUGACUGUGGGCCACUGCCAACCAUAAGCAGUGCAGAGCCCCUGGAGGACCCUCAACACCGGGAAAGCUUCAGUGUCGGCUCCAUGGUAACGUACAGAUGCCGUGCGGGUUACACGAAGCUCCCCUUGCUCUCAGAUACCAUACAGUGCCUUGCCACCUCCCAGUGGUCCAACCUCCCGGAGUUCUGUGGGCGCAGCUGCCCCAGCCCCCCCCGGGUGCUUUUUGCUAAAGUAUCACAGCAAGAUGAAACCCAGAACUUCUAUGGAGUUGGUACCACAGUGAAGUACGGCUGCCGCCCAGGCUACAGGAACACCACAGACCAGCUCCCCACCAGCACGUGUCUUGAGGACUUAACAUGGUCAGAGGUUCCUCAGCUGUGUCAGAGGAAAUCUUGUGGUAUUCCAGCAAAUCCAGAACAUGGCAAAGUUAUUACAGAUGAUCAUCUGCUGGGUGCAAGAGCAGAUGUAGUUUGUAACCAUGGGUACACGUUAAAGGGAGAGUCACCUCUUGUCCGGUGUUCCAUAAGGGAAGGGGAUGUUGCCUGGAGCCAAAUUCCAGCUUGCCAGGCUAUUUCUUGUCCUCCGCCUCCAGCUAUUCCCAAUGGGAAGCAUAACAGCAGUGGGACAGAGGAGUUCACAUACAGCUCAGUGGUGAUGUACACGUGUGACCCUGGGCUCCAGCUUGUGGGGAAUGAGACCCUCCAUUGUACAACAGAGAACGGGGUCAGUGGUGUCUGGAGCAGGCCUCCUCCGGAAUGCAGGGUUAGCACUACGGCAGCAGCAAACCAAACCAAACCCUCGGAAGAAAAGACAGCAGAGAAUGGCCACUGGCUAGCAAGUGUCCUCAUCCCCAGUUGCAUUGCUCCCGCAGUAGUCCUUGGAAUUCUCAUUGGGAUCAUCAAGAGACGGAAAGACAAUAAAACCCACUCUUUCAAUAUGCAUUUACAAAAGCAGGAGACGAACAGAAGGGAUCCAGGGAUGCACCCAGAGAUGAAGGCUGAUGGGAAGCAGCCUGUGCCGUGGCAUUCCUAUUUUUGCCACACAACGAGUUGCCACGUGUGUCCCACAUGCGAGGAGCGGCUCCACGCUGCCCUGGCCCCACACAGCGAGCCUGAACGCCGUGGCUGUGCCGUCUGCCAGCACUGGCUGAGCUCCCAGCCUGCAGCACCGCGAACGUACUCGGUCACCAGCAUCGGCGAUGGGGAGAGCCAGAGCCCAGCAGGCACGAGCUCUCCUGCCAAAGCUGUGGAUGAGUGGAGGGGUGAUGGGACAGGAGGAGCUGUUCCAGAGCAGAGCAAUGCAGAGCAGCCCAUGGACCAUGAAAGCUGCCACCACGUCUGUCCUGUCUGUGAAAGCUGGAUGUGUGCUCAUGUGGGUCAAUGCGAUACCAGCCCCGUGGUGCCCAGGGAGCAGCCCCAACAGCAGGAUGAGAGCCCACAAGGUCCCAUCUGCCUGCCCUGCACUGACCGCCUGCACCUCUCCCUUGUGCACAGCAACACGUGGAGCUGCUCCGUGUGUCCCCUGGCCAGAGAGGGGACCCUGGUUCACCUCAUCCCCCCCGGCACCCCUGGCUGCCACCGCUGCCCCAUCUGCGCAGCACCCACCCAUGUGCACCUCUGCCAGGCACUCCAUGGUAGGGGCGGGCACAGGGGCACCCACAAUGGGUCACCGCAGCGGGGCCAUGCGGUGCCACGAACUGGGUGCUCCUCCCAAAGCCACAUCCCUGCCGCACCGACUAACCCAGGACGAGAUCCGGCUCUGGCCGGGCCCCUCCCGGCCCGGAAAGGGCCGUUCCGGUGCGCGGCGGAGGGCGGCUGGCUCCCGGCCAUGGAGCUGCGCUGCUUCUGUGCGGUGCUGCUGGUGCUGCCCGGAGCCUGCGGGGACUGCCCGCAGCCGCCGCGGUUUGUCUUCGCGGAGCCCGCAGCGGCCCCGCAGGAGCCCUACACCGUGGGGACCGCGCUGAGGUACAGAUGCCGCCCGGGGUACACGAUGGCCGGGGGCAAGGCCCCGGUAGUCACCUGUGGCUCCAAUUCCAGCUGGUCGGUGGACCCCGACUUCUGCAUCGGGAAGUCGUGUGGACCACCGGACAUCAUGAAUGGGAACUUUGAGUAUACAACAAAUCUCCUGUUUGGGGCCACAAUAACCUACACUUGUAACACUGGGUACCGAUUAUUUGGGGCACCGUCUGCGCAAUGUGUCCUUAAAGGCAAUGAAGUUACUUGGGAUGAGUUUCCAUACUGUGCCAUUAUUCCCUGUUCACCACCUCCUCCUAUCAUUAAUGGGCAGCUCAACAAUGGGAACAGAGACUUCACCUUUGGCAUGGCUGUAACCUACAGCUGUAAUGAGGGGUUUGCUCUUAUUGGAGAUGCCACAAUUCACUGUACAGCUGAUGAAAACAAGGAGGGACAAUGGAGUGGUCCAGCCCCUGAAUGCAAAGUGGUCAGAUGUGAAAAUCCAGAAGUGAGAAAUGGGAGAAGGUUAUCUGGCUUCGGCACUAGGCAUGUGUAUAAAGAUACAGUGACCUUUGAGUGCAGUCCUGGUCACUUCUUGAAUGGUAGCAGUGUAGUUACAUGUGAAGCAGACAGUACAUGGGAGCCGCCUCUGCCAACGUGUGACCCAUUCCACUGUGGUCCUGCUCCACACUUCCCUUUUGCUGAGUUAACAAGUGCUGUGGCUGAGGGCUUUGUUGCUGGAACUGAGCUGAAGUAUCAGUGCAAGCCAGGUUAUACUGCAGCAAGUGGGAAGUCCUCUGUUGUCACUUGUCUGCACGAUGGAACUUGGUCUGCAGAUGUGGACUUCUGCAUACGGCAGCAAUGUGCUCCUCCCACAAUAGAGAACGGGAAUUUCAGUGCAGCCGAUGUCCUGUUUGAGACAGUGGUGACAUUCACCUGCCAUCCAGGGUACAAAUUAAAGAAGUCACCUUACGCCAAAUGUGUGGUAUCGGGAAAAGGAGUCGACUGGGAUACAACACCUCCAUACUGUGAAAUUAUUCCCUGUUCACCACCUCCUCCUAUCAAGAAUGGGCAGUUCAACAAUGGGAACAGAGACUUCACCUUUGGCAUGGCCGUAACCUACAGCUGUAAUGAGGGGUUUGCUCUUAUUGGAGAUGCCACGAUUCACUGUACAGUGGAUGAAGACCUGAAGGGACAGUGGAGUGGUCCAGCCCCUGAAUGCAAAGGACUGCUCCCCAGUGCUCUCUGUGAAGAGCCCCCCAGGAUUGAGAAUGGGAUGCACAAUGGCACAAAGGGAAUGGACUUUUCUCAUGGCACCGUUGUAGCUUAUAAAUGCAAGGAGGGCUUCACCCUUGCUGGAGCAGCCUUUCUUCAGUGCAUUGCAGGAGAUAAAUCCUGGGGAGACUGGAACAAGCCGGCUCCUCAAUGCAGAGGUGGAGCGAGCAUGAUCAUUGCUGGAAUCUUCCCCCUCCUGCUGGCAAUGCUCAUUAUGGACAUCUAGAUUAGGGAACGGGCACAGCAGGAGGCACCUAAAGCUGUGUUGGACCUGAUCACGCCGAUCCCAGUGCUCCCCUUGUCCCUCCUGUGAAACUCGUCUCAAAGAAGCAGCCAACAGACCUUGAAGGACAAAGCAACUUGUGUGCCGGGCUGGGAGGCUGGGAAUGCUGGUCAGGAAUCAAGUGCAUUAUCCCUGUGUGAAGCUGCAGUGAUGCCUAAGACCUUCACGCUGCAGUAGAGUAGGCUCAAGAAAACCCUUCACUUCAUGUUCAGUUUCUCAGCCCCGUGAAGGUCACUUUGUGCCUGGUCCUGGUCAGGAUUUGGGGUUUUCUGAGGUGGAGAGUGCUGCCGUGAGGAUUAACAGUGAAUGUCUUCAUUUGAGUGAUGCACCCUUAAAAAAUGGUUUGAUACAAAGAGGAUGCUUCAGUCUGUGAGUACUGAAGGCAUUGAAAAUGUUCAUGCAUAGGCAGCGGUUCAAGGUGAGUCUGAACCGUUGUGAAAUAGCAAUUCUUACGGAUCAGUAACUUAACUAGAGAGAAAACAAUUUAAAUGCCAUAUUACAAAGAGCUACUGUUCUCACUGUUUGCUCGAGUUAACUUUAAACUACAGCUGAAUAGCUCUGCCCUGGCACUGUCUUCGUAUCAUGUUGAGGCUCUUCUGCAAGUACCUCACACAAACACCCUGUCUCUGCACUGGCUUUAUGCUUUCCUGAAGCUUUAAGUGGGCUGCAAGCCCCAUGAAGGACACAGAGAGGGGAUGCUCAGGGGCAGUAGAGCUCAUCCAUGGGCUUGAGGUAUCUGUGCUGAAUGUGGAACUUGCAGAUGUCUUGGCAGAUGCCACCCAGCACCAGGAAACUGCUGCAUGUGAAUCUGUUCACUUCUCCUCACAAAUCACCUGCCUGGGGUGGCUGAUGGGGGGAUGCUGCUGAGUUUGCACUGAAUCAAUGCUGAGUUUGCACUGAAAAGGCUUUUUCAGGUGGUGCUGUGCACCCCGACAAUGCUGUCUGAGCCCCAGGGUGCCUCGGGACUGCUAUGAUGCUGUACCCCAGGUAGGCACAGAGGCACAUCAAGCCAAAGCCUUAAUUUACUCCAGUGGGACACAAACCCCAUGUCUUUUGUGUGCUUUGUUUUCAUCCUGUUUUACCUGACCUUAGUUGAUCGUUGUGUUCAGGAUGGUUUGCAAAGGUGGAUGGAGGCGAGUGUGGAAGCUGUCCCAUCCCUAACUUGAGCAAGGCUUUGGCAGUGCCAUGAGGACAACUUGGAUAACGGGGCCCAACUCACCUUGCCUAAACCAAAGAUGUGCAAAAGUGCCCUUGAUUUAUUUGAUUGGUGAAAGCCUACUGUGUGGUGCUGGUGUCCUUGCCAUUAACUUGGCCCUGCUAAGUGAUCUCUUAGUAAGCUAAAGAGGUACGUAGCAUCAUAUAAACUGAAAUAAAGGUUUGAAUGUGUCCUGGGAAUGCUGCUUAUUAGGGAAACAAAACUGUGAUCAGUUUAAACCUGUUAAACAAAUCCAGCUGGAGAUGCCAGGACUUUCAGCUGCUGGUAAAGCAAGACUGAGGUUUGGGGUUUUGUCUGAUGCAGAAGGUGAAUAACCCGUCUGAGCUUCUCGUGAUGCGUGGUUGGGAGCAGGAAGUGUUUGAAAUGUGUCUACUGCAUCUUUUUUUGCUUCUGCAUUUUCACCCUUGAUUUCCUGUUAAUUUGUUAACAUCAAAUGAGAGGGGGGAAAAAACUCAAGUGUCUGUUUCCAGCAACACGUUUGUCUUGUUCUAAAUGGCCCCACAAAGUUCUCCCUUCCCAGCAGAGCACUGUCCUGGUCAGCUCUCGCUGAGAUCCUGUUUUCAGAAGCCAGUCUUGCAGAACAAGCAGAUUCCUGCUUAUUUUUAUCUGUCUCUUCCCAUAAGCUGUGUGAGUGAUGAGGUGAACAAAACACAAUGUAAAGCCUCAUAGCUUAGCGUGUGGUUCUGUUUUGGUAUUCUAAUCCCAACACAAUUGUUCCUCCUGCAUAUAGUCCCAAGUGGUUUUUCCAAAUGAUUUAAUACCUGAUUUGGGGAUCAGCUUGAAAUGAUCUCCCUGUAACCACAUGGAAGGAACUGUGAAUGCUGUGACAUAGCUUACGGGUCUCAUCACCAACAUUUACUGUUGAAGAGAGCUUAUCUACUGUGUUUAUAAUUGAGUUGUACAUAAUUUUACUUUAGAAUCUGCAUAUAGAUGUUGGCUAUGUAAAUAUAGGAAGCUCCCUGUCAAUAAAAGGGACAAAAAGACUGGA